AUGAAGGAUAAUCAAAGAGGAUCAGAAGGAGAUGGGGUCGCUGGUGGGACAAUCUUCAUUGGGCCUUUGGAGGUGAAAACCUCACAGGGACCAGAGAGCGUUCAAGGAAAAGUGCCCAAGCUGAUAAAGGGAAUUGAAGAGAUUGGUUAUGAGGAAAGCAGCCAACACUGCAGUGGUACCAAUAUGGAGAAUUCCUCAUACUCACACCCUUCGCUGCUGACCCUCAGUUUUGGCCAAAUAAUGGAAGUCAAGUAUUUUUACAGCGCUUUGGUUUUACUUUGUUUUGUGAUGAUUGUUGUGUCCAACGGUGCAGUGAUCAGCGCCAUAGUGAUACACAGGAGUUUGCAGGAACCAAUGUUCAUCUUUGUUGCCUUUCUUUGUGUCAAUGGACUCUACGGGAGCCUGAUUUUUUUCCCUUUUCUCUUUGUAAACCUUCUUUCCAAAACCCACGUCAUUUCCUACAUUGGUUGUAUCAUACAGGUGUUCAGCAUUCACACUUUCAUAAGCUGUGAAGUUACAAUUCUAGCUGUCAUGGCAUUUGACCGGUACGUGUGCAUCUGUAACCCUCUGAGAUACAAAAGCAUCAUGUCGUUAGCCACAGUGUUCAAGCUGAUUGGUGCAGCCUGGCUGUAUGUGAUCACCCUCAUUACUAUCCACCUGAUACUGACCAUCCGCCUGCCCCUGUGUGGCUCAGUCAUACAGAAGAUCUACUGUGACAACUGGUCAGUGGUGAGACUCUCCUGCAUAGACACAACAGUCAACAAUGUAUUUGGGUUGCUUAUUACAGCAGCUAUUACGUGCUUAAUGCCAGUACUUACCUUGGUCUCCUAUGUUCAGAUUCUAUGGGUGUGCAUGCAGUCCUCUAAGGUUUUCAGAGCCAAAGCCUUGCAGACUUGCACCCCACAUCUUAUAACUCUAACCUAUUUUGUAGCUGAUGUUCUUUUUGAGAUACUACUGCCUCGUUUUCCAAGUACCGUGUUGCCCUAUGAACUGAGGAUCCUCAUGUCAGUGCAGGCCUUUGUAAUAGCACCCAUUCUUCACCCCCUUAUCUAUGGCUGGAAACUAAGGGAGAUUAGACUAAGGGUGUUACAGAUGUUUGGUGCAACGCAAAUUGCAAAUUUACAAAAUAAUCUAUGA